AUGGAACGGUCCGUGGCUACGUCUCGGGGGCCUAUUCUGCCGACGCUGCGGACCGCGCCGCCCGUGAUAUAUCGCCACAGAGGACGCCGCAACGACAACGAAAUUAACCGGAGCGCUGCAACGGAUCGAUUCCGUUUCGACGCCCCGGAUUUACUGAGCGAUAAAUCCACUAGUUCGUGGUUAGUGUUAGAUGAAUCUCUUCUCUCAUGCGACUACCUGCGAUUAUUGAUUCUAAGUGCACGGACUCCGGCGUCAGGGCGACCUCCGGACGUCUUUCCCAUCGGGUGGUCGGCGAGCGACUGGCACUUAGCGCCUAGUCAGGCCGCGCCGGAGGGCGGCGCCAUC